AUAAGGGUGUUUAGUGCAAGUUUUCCUUAAUGGCAGAGUUUAUAUCGUUUAAGUGAUGAUGUAAUCAUAAAUCAUGCAAAAUAUCCUGCAAUAUUCUAUAAUAAGUGAACACCAAUUAAAUCAAAUCACAAGGUAAUAUUUGCAAUUUAAUCAAACAUUAGGUAUAAUUAAAUCAGAUAUUUUGAGGACUCUCUCUAAAAUUUACUGCAUAUAUAUAUUACAAUAGUAAAAUGUAAUAUUCACGAUACAAAGUGAUUGUGUAAACAAAUAGAAGAGAGAGGCAAAAGAGUUGCAAAAUUAAGUUGGAAAGCAAUGUCUGACGAAGAAAGCAUUGGAGGAGUUAAUAGAGAAGACGAAAGUGUUUCCGGCAAUCACCUUUAUCGGAUGCUCGCCAUGGGGCUUCAGGUGGUAGGUGGAGUUGUUCCAUUUGGUAUGGAGAUCACCCUACGAGUACGAAGGCAUCCGAGUUCUCUCCACGAUAUUUUCCUUGCACUGGUACCGUGGACGUCUUUGCUAUCGGUGAUUGUGGUCUGUUUAUGGUGCUAUAUAAACAGGGGGAAGAACAAAGGAGGAGGCAUGGUUCGGCACCUUCCACCAGCAUAUAAGGACAUGAUUCUUGUCUUUGCUCUUCUUCAUAUGGGCUUCAGCUUCUUUUCUUGGUUGAAGGCAAUCAAGAAUUGGGAAUUCGGCGAUCAAUUUACUGUAUUUCCAUUAACCUUUGCUACUUUGCUUCUCGUUGUUUCGGUCGCAGACCUUCGGUGAAGUAACCACUAACGGCAAGGGUAGAGGGCAGUUGUCCCCAAGAAAAAAGACACCAUCUAAUCUCCCCCAUUCAAUUUUUAUUUAUUCUCUAUUCUUUUUAUAAACUUAGAUAUUCUUGUCUAUUUGUUGUUACUUGUUACAAUAUAUAUG